AUGGAAAAGAAGGAUAUUUCGAAGAUGCUGAGGAGGGAGCUUAUCUUGGAGCUCCACAAGGCGAGGGCAGAGAACACAAAGAAGGAGGAGCUGAUCCAGGCCAGAAGCCACCUGGUUAGCCUGCGCAAUCAAGUGCAGGAGGAGAAGAGGAAGUGUGAGGAGCUGGAACAGAAGCUAGCGAUCCAGGACAAGGAUUUGCAGCCCUUCAUCGACAGGGAGAACCAGAACCUAUUGGCCAAACUGGAGAAGAUAUACGAGGGAAACAAAUGUAGCUUCUGCAAGCUGAAGUUCCAUUCGGAGACCCAUCGCCGAGCUAUUUUAAAAUGCGGACACGUAUUCGGCGAAAUGUGCAUUCAUACCUACUUGAUACUGCACAAGAACUGCCCCGUCUGCGAUUUUCCUGCAGUUUUAUGGGAUGUUCGUAUUAUUAUAGCAGGCGAAAACCUUUGCACAGCGAACUACUUUUCCUCGUAA